AUGUCUCAACAACAACAACCAGACACCACUCCUAUCAUCCCCCUGUUAACGACCAUGCAUGGUCAAUUGAAGCAAGCCUUGACAAAACCGAUGACGGAAACGAUCAUUCACCAGAAUGCUCAUUCAUGCGACCUGUUUGCUGAGGAUCUUGAUUUACAAGGUCCCCUUCUUCUAUUUGAGGAUAUUGCUCCAAGCCAACCUUCAUCUUCCUUACUCAACUACCUCACUCUUCUUGAGAGUUUUAAAUCCAAUCUUCAACAAUUGUUUCCUUCCCAAAUAUCAUCCGUCCCUCACCCUUCCUCUACAUUGCAAGCAACGAACAAAGAAAAAUUGACAACUGAAAAUGACGCCAAGCCUUUCUUUCACACCGGACCUUGCGGAAAUUUCCAUGACUUGUUCAUUGUUUUUCAAGAAGAAACAACACCAAUCACGAAUCGUUCAUUCAAUCCAAGGAUGAACAAUGAUAGUGGUCCUAUCAAUGACAUGAAUGUAAUAACGAAUAGAACUUCAGCAAAGCUAAACACUGCGAGAAGUGGUCACGACGACGAUCCAAAGUAUCUUUUUUCUUCAAAUCAUCACCAACCACCAAUUAGAAAAUCCAUCAUUCAAAUUGAGCAAGUGCUUUCACUCUCGGAUGUACAAAUCAAAUUUAAUUCAAAUCCUUCAACAAGUGAUCAUUCAGACAAUGUGUGCAUUGACAUCAACUCUGAUUGUGGAAUUUGUUUAUUACCUCUCUAUGAUUCCACUCCUGUUUACAAAUUAGAGAAAUGUGAUCAUGUAUUUCAUCUCACAUGUGUAUAUCGAUGUCUAGAGAGUAGAAACAUUCCAAAUAAUUGUGUCAAGUGCUAUUCAUGUAUUUCUAGAGAAGAAGAGAAGAAAAUUAAAUUAAUUUACAAAGAUGAAAUUCGAUCAAGAAGAUUGGAGAAACGAGCUGCUAAACAUUUUGAAUCUUCACAUGAACUCAAUCAUCACGAAAUUGAGAAUUCCAACACUCCUCCUGUCAUACAGACCAUAGAAAACAACAACAACAACAACAAUAAUAAUAACUGUUUCCCCUUCUCUCUUCCUCACAAGAUCAAUGACAAACUGACCAUUACAAAUUAUGGAUACUUUUUAAGUGUGGAUACAAGAUAUCCUAUUUCUUACAUGUGCACGUCCAUGUUGAAUGACACCUAUGAAUUACAUUGUGAAAUUCAAUCCAAUCAAACCUACCAACAAGAUGGUGAUCCUGUCUAUGUAUUUAAGGUUCGAUGUGAAUCUCCACCUUUCCAAGUCGAAGCAUUCACACAAAGUGAAUUAUCCAAGAAAAUUGAAGAACAUCUUCCACACUCGACAAGUCGUCGACGAAAGAAAACAUUGAUUAAUGUAUCACAAUUAUUUGGACUUCAGAAUAGAAAGGUUAGAACAAUUCUGGAACAACUGAGACUAUCUCCUGUGGUUGGUCCUUCUUGUUGUGAGGAUAAUGAUCAUAACAAGGAUGAUGACCAAGUGGUAGAAAUGAUAAUGAACAACAAACAAGAAGAUACUGGAAUGAGUGAAUUAGUGGCAACAACAACAUCUAUCACUGAAAAUUUCUCGAAAAAUGAUCAAAAAUGUUCGACUCCUUGUGAGUCUCCAACAAACAAACCAUUCAUUCUCGACACGACGUUGAACCACCAACACCACCAACACCACCUGAAUUCAACAACAAGGUGUUUGAGACAAGAAUUACCUUCAACGCAUAAGGAGGAUGUUAAAUUUCUUAAUUCAAGUUUGAAAAGAAAAAGUCCAUUAUUGGAUAAUCCUACUAAAGAUGAUGACACACAUGGUAUGUUGCAGAAGGAAAAGACAAGUGUAGGUGGUGGUGAUCUUCAAUCCUCAACAAGAAAGAAAAAGAGAAAGAUACAACAACAUGAAACCAUAUUUAACAAUCCUUUCCAUCUACCAUUUAGUGACAUUUCUUUCAAGUAUCGAUUCGACAUAAGUCCAACUUGUUUUACUCGUGUCAAGAACUUUUUGAUGGACAAGUUCAAUUCAAGUACUUUUUGGCCCAUCUUUGUGGACUCUCGUUACAAGUUCAUGAUCAAUUCACUAUCAAGUGAAGAAGAGGAAGAGGAGGAAGAGGACAUUUCACAGAGUUACAAGACCAUUGCUUACAUUUACAUGUAUACAUGUCAUGAGAUUGUUCCUUGGACAAGUCAUUGUUGUACCUUGUAUGACAUUUAUUGUUCUGAAAAUUGCUCCAUGUCCCUCAAUGGAAUCAUGCGUGUGUAUGAAUGUUUUUGUUCUCUCUCUCAAAAGAAUGCACUCCAAAGUGAUAUUAUUUAUUGUUGUAUGAAAACAAAUCCAUGUUGUGAUUCGAUUCUAUUGAGUAUGUUGAAUGUGUUCUACAAGAUAUUCUUUCAAAGGAAAUUCUAUUCCAAUGAAGAACUUGUACAAGCAUGUAGUUCUAUUGUUUCAUGGUCACACCAAUUCUUUAGAAAUGAUCAAAGGAUGAGAAUCACUACUACUAGUAGUAAUAAUAGUAAUAGUGGUAGUAGUAAUAAUAGUAAUAGUAGUAGUAAUGAACUCUUAAUGAUGGAUCCAAUAAUGAAUCAUCACUCCAUGCAUCCAACAGAAAAUUGUACGAUCAAGAGGGAGGAUGAAACUAUUUCGAAUCGGUGGUGGUACAAGAUGAAUAAUAGUAUACUUUUGAAUCGAUGCAUUGGAAGAGAAAUAAGCGCAUGUGAGAAUCAUGUAUUGUAUGGACUGUAUCUGAUUGCCAAAAGUAUUGAUUAUUUUGUGAUGGAAAAUUUGGAUAUUCAAACGAUAUUGUUGAAUCUUUCUGUGAUCAUUCAACAUGCUGAACAUGUUGUGGACUUGGAAGAAAUUGGAACAGUGAUCAGAAGAGAUCCUCAUCAUUGUGAAGAGAGAAUGCCAAUCAAUCACUCAAUCCUUGAACAACAUCAAGUUGAUGAAAAUCAACAACAACCACCAUCGACAGUGAUGAUGAAUUCAAACUUUUCAGAACCUUUACCACAAGAGAAUCAAUUCGAAAAUACUUUGAAGAGCCACACCACUCUCUCACAGACAUUGUCACAAAGCUCCAACAGGGAAUUAACACCUCAAGAAACUAAGAGCUCUUUGACUCAUCGUUCAACAAGUUCGAAACAACACAACCGAACAAGAACUCUACAAGAAACGCAAAACAACUCUAAUCAGUCGCAUCAGCACCUCCAUUCUUCAAGUCAAUCGAGUCAUUCCAAACAUCAACCCACUCAAAUAAGGAGUAUCAUGUCUCAAAUCGACAAACAUCACGAGAGCCAGAAUUUGCUAAUUGUAAACACCAACAACAGCAGUUCCACCAGUACACCUUUAGAGGUACACUCCAAAAGGGAAAGCUUUUCUGGCACAAGUGGUUAUCAUUUGGACCUGACAUUCAAUCAUGAAAAGUCCCAACUAACCUCCUUUUCGUCUGCAUUUUCACCUGCAACAAAGUCUCCCAGUUUUAUGGCUGAUAACCGUACUCUAUCUUCUGAAGAAGAGAACAAAGAUUUCAUGAUCAAUUGCAGUGAACAUAAUGAUCCAAUGGAAGAAGGUGAAGAUGAAAUUGUGAGCUUCAAUUUUAGUUCUUCCUCUGGCUCUCUUAUGUCAGGUUUGAAAUAUAAUGCAAAGACCAACAGUAGUAUUCCAAUAUUUCCAUAUUUCGAGUGA